AUGUUUGGCAGGAUUGCUUUCUUCUUGACCGUGGUAUAUAUGGUCUUUAAUAUAACGUUGUUGCGUUGGGCUGCUGAGAAGCAACCUUUUAUUUUUUUCGAAGAUGAAGAGUACUUUAAUGAAACUUUAUGGAAACUACUGAAGCCUCGAUAUGUAGGCAGUCAAGGACAUUCCGAAGUUAGUGACUUUAUCGAGAAGGAACUCCAGUAUUUGGGUUUCAACACCAUACGGUAUGACUUUCAUGAAGGCGCUAGCUUCACCAAUUUGGUAGGCUUUUGGAAUAUGGAGGCAGAGCACUUUUUGGUGCUAACUUGCCACUACGAUAGCAAAAUGCCAAAGGAUUUAAAUAAGGAAAAGGAAUUCCAUUCAGCGACGGAAGGGGCGGUUUCUUGUGCCAUUCUCCUAAACGUGGCCAAAAACUUACAACAGUAUUUAGGGGAACAGGUGGCCAAAAAAAGUGAUAUGGGUCUCGCUCUUAUCUUCUUUGAUGGUCAUAAUUCGGUUACUUCCAAAGACGAGGAUCGACUCACUGGAGUUAGGCAUUUUAUAGAAACGGAUGUUAUACCUUUGCAGAAUAUAGGUGUUGUGUUAACCCUUAGCUAUAUCGGAGCUCCGAACCAAAUUUUUAUGAGCUACUUUGAAAGCACCAAUGACCUGCACCAUCUGCUAACCGACAUAGAAAAGGAAUUAAGAAAAUCUGGACAAUUGACCGACUGCCAUGUGUUGUUCCACAACGAAAAACGAUACGACCAUGAUAUCCUUGAUGAUCAUAUUCUAUUUAGUGAACUGGGCGUGGCAGUUUUACAUCUGGCUCCACAAGAAUUACCUAAGGUCCUUUACACGGCAGCUGAUAAUGUAGAUAAUUUACAUUACCCUACAAUUCGCAAUAUGAUCAAAAUAAUACGCAAACUUGUGUACGACUUCUUGGAACAAUGGGAUUCCUAUGCGAAUAUGAAGGAUACUUUUAGUGCAUAUUAUGAUUUAGAUGAUUAUUAA